GGAACGUGGCAACCUGUGCAUGGCUCAUCCCACAAGGAGAGGCCUUUGGAGUCACUGUGAUGCCUAAGAAUCAAGUGUGACGUGUCUCCAGGUACUUCAUGGUGUUCUCCUCCGGCCUCUGCAUACCACUGCGCUACACAGCUCCUGAAACAUGGGGGAAAACGAAGACGAGAAGCAGAGCCAGGCCGGGCAGGUUUUCGAGAACUUUGUCCAGGCUUCCACGUGCAAAGGCACCCUCCAGGCCUUCAACAUCCUCACACGACACCUGGACCUAGACCCCCUGGACCACAGGAAUUUUUAUUCCAAGCUCAAGUCUAAGGUGACCACCUGGAAGGCCAAAGCCCUGUGGUACAAAUUGGACAAGCGUGGAUCCCACAAGGAGUAUAAGCGAGGGAAGUCCUGUAUGAACACCAAGUGUCUCAUCAUUGGGGGAGGACCAUGUGGUUUGCGCACUGCCAUUGAACUUGCCUACCUGGGGGCCAAAGUGGUUGUGGUGGAGAAGAGGGACACCUUCUCCAGGAACAAUGUGCUGCACCUCUGGCCUUUCACCAUCCAUGACCUGCGGGGCCUGGGAGCCAAGAAGUUCUAUGGAAAGUUCUGUGCUGGCUCCAUCGACCACAUCAGCAUUCGUCAGUUGCAGCUCAUCCUAUUCAAGGUGGCCUUGAUGCUGGGAGUUGAAAUCCAUGUGAACGUGGAGUUUGUAAAGGUUCUAGAGCCUCCUGAAGAUCAAGAAAAUCAAAAGAUCGGCUGGCGGGCAGAAUUUCUCCCUGCAGACCACCCUCUGUCGGACUUUGAGUUUGACGUCAUCAUCGGCGCCGACGGCCGCAGGAACACACUGGAAGGGUUCAGAAGGAAGGAAUUCCGUGGGAAGUUGGCUAUUGCCAUCACUGCCAACUUCAUAAACAGAAACAGCACAGCUGAGGCCAAGGUGGAAGAGAUCAGUGGUGUGGCUUUCAUCUUCAACCAGAAAUUUUUUCAGGACCUUAAAGAAGAAACAGGGAUUGAUCUUGAGAACAUUGUUUACUACAAGGACUGCACCCACUAUUUUGUCAUGACCGCCAAGAAGCAGAGCCUGCUUGACAAAGGUGUCAUCAUUAAUGACUACAUCGACACGGAGAUGCUGCUGUGUGCAGAGAACGUGAACCAGGACAACCUGCUCUCCUACGCCCGUGAGGCUGCAGAUUUUGCCACCAAUUACCAGCUGCCAUCAUUAGACUUUGCUCUGAACCACUACGGGCAGCCUGACGUGGCCAUGUUCGACUUCACCUCCAUGUACGCCUCAGAGAAUGCGGCCUUGGUGCGCGAGCGCCAGUCACACCAGCUCCUCGUGGCCCUGGUGGGCGACAGCUUGCUCGAGCCAUUUUGGCCCAUGGGCACAGGUUGUGCCCGAGGCUUCCUGGCAGCCUUUGACACAGCCUGGAUGGUGAAAAGCUGGGACCAGGGCACCCCUCCCCUGGAGCUGCUUGCUGAAAGAGAAAGUCUUUACCGGCUGUUACCUCAGACCACCCCGGAGAACAUCAACAAGAACUUUGAGCAGUACACGCUGGACCCAGGGACACGGUACCCAAAUCUCAACUCCAACUGUGUCAGGCCCCAUCAGGUGAAGCAUUUGUACGUCACCAAGGAGUUGCACCAGUGCCCUCUCGAGAGGCUGGGCUCGGUGAGGAGAUCCAUGAGCCUCUCCAGGAGGGAGUUAGACAUCCGGCCCAGCAAGCUCUUAACCUGGUGCCAGCAGCAAACCGAGGGCUACCAGCACGUCAACGUCACCAACCUGACCACAUCCUGGCGCAGUGGCCUGGCCCUGUGCGCCAUCAUCCACCGCUUCCGGCCUGAGCUGAUCAACUUUGACUCUCUGAACGAAGAUGACGCUGUGGAGAACAACCAACUGGCAUUUGACGUGGCCGAGCGCGAGUUUGGCAUCCCCCCAGUGACCACAGGCAAGGAGAUGGCGUCAGCCCAGGAGCCCGACCAGCUCAGCAUGGUCAUGUACCUCUCCAAGUUCUACGAGCUCUUCCGAGGCACCCCGCUGAGGCCUGUGGAUUCUUGGGGCAAAAACUAUGGAGAAAAUGCGGACCUCAGCUUGGCCAAAUCCUCCAUUUCUCAUAACUAUCUCAACCUCACAUUUCCAAGAAAGAGGACUCCACGGGUGGACACCCAGACUGAAGACAGCGACAUGAACAAACGGAGGCGGAAAGGCUUCAACAACCUGGAUGAGCCUUCAGCCUAUCCCAGCCGCAGCCUGCGCUGCAGUCCAGAGGGCGGCAGCGGGAGAGAAGGGGGAGGCCAGAACAAGGUCAAGUCCAUGGCAAGUCAGCUGCUGGCCAAGUUCGAGGAGAGCUCUCGGAACCCCUCGCUCCUGAGGCAGGAAUGCCGUGUCUCAGGGAUAGGUAAGCCUGUCCUGCGCACUUCCUCUGACCCACCUGUUAACUCUCGCUGCCCUAGGCCAGAGGAGCCCACACCCAGCCCGUCACCUCCUCUGAAAAGGCAGUUCCCCUCGGUGGUUGUGACGGGGCAUGUGCUCCGAGAGCUGAAGCAAGUGUCUCCUGGCGGCGGGUGCCCAAGCAGGCCCUGGAGAGCCAGAGCCAAGUCUGACCUGCAGCUGGGUGGGCCUGAAGGCCCUGCUGGCCGGCCUCCCGCCUGCCAGGGAGCUCUGGCGCUUUCUGGGGUGCUGCGGCGGCUGCAGCAAGUGGAGGACAAGAUUCUGCAGAAGAGGGCUCAGAACUUGGCCAACAGGGAAUUUCACAAAAAGAACAUUAAGGAGAAGGCGGCUCACCUUGCCUCCAUGUUUGGACAUGGGGAUUUCCCGCAGAAUAAACUACUUUCUAAAGGCCUGUCUCUCGCUCACCCUCCGGCUUCUCCCUCCUGCCUUCCGUCUCCCGAUCCCACUGCUGCUUCCUCUCCAUCGACUGCUGACUCUGUUUCUCCUACCAGAAAGGCAAAGAAGUCACCUUCAGGUUUCCAUUUCCAUCCCAGCCACUUAAGAACAGUGCGGCCUCAGCUGACGGUAGGGAAAGUAUCCAGCGGAAUAGGGGCUGCAGCUGAAGUCCUGGUCAAUCUGUACAUGAAUGAUCACAGACCUAAGACCCAGGCCACCUCUCCAGACCUGGAAUCCAUGCGGAAGGUGUUCCCCCUGAGCCUGGGCGGCAGCGACACCUGUCACUUCUGCAAGAAGCGCGUGUACGUGAUGGAGCGGCUGAGCGCCGAGGGCCACUUCUUCCACCGAGAGUGUUUCCGCUGCAGCGUCUGUGCCACCACCCUGCGCCUGGCUGCCUACGCCUUCGACAGUGACGAAGGCAAGUUUUUCUGCAAGCCUCAUUUCAUUCACUGUAAGACCAACAGUCAGCAAAGGAAGAGACGAGCAGAGCUGAAGCAACAAAGAGAGGAGGAGGGACCGUGGAAAGAGCCAGAGGCCCCUCGGCGAGACACUCCCGUGGAAAGUUCUUGCGCAGUUGCUGCUAUUGGCACGCCCGAAGGCAGCCCUCCAGUUCAUUUCAGCCUUCCAGUGCUACACCCACUUCUUGGCUGACACACUUCUGCUCGGAGCAUCUCCCUCCCUUUAUAGAAUGUCAACCAGAGAGGGCCCUCCUUCCCUCUCAGCCUUCUCUUGAACUAGCCCCCCGCCCCAUCUCCUCGCAACGCAUGUCUGCGACCUCUGAUAGUCCUUUACAGUGCCACACGGGACCCUGUAUUUUGCACACAGCAAAUGAUGUUUAGCUUUAUUUAUGGUAUUUGAUGCUGUAAAUGAAAAUAAAUAUGGUUCUUUAUAAAGC